CUUGUCGCCAAGACACGGCUACGGGGUAUGUCCGUCGUCGGAACAACUGCCGUAUGAUCUCUCGAAGCAACAUUCCAUCUUUUUCUUGACGAUUCUACAGCCUUCUAUUGCCGAAAAUGAAGAAAUGAAAGACGUGGAAUACUUAGUGGCCCGCAGCACCGGCGGAGUGCGGGGGCUGUGGUCAGAGCUGCUGAUUGUCAGUCCGAGUCCGAAUCUUGUAUUACUAUUAGCACCCCUAGCUGUCCUAAUCUUCUCUUCAAUUCGGUUUCUAUCCAUACCACCAUGUCGUCCAACGAAGACGAAUAUAACGACCAUGACCAGAAUCCCAGUUCCAAGAAACGGCGCGUCCAGCGGGCCUGUGACAUCUGCAGACGGAAGAAGAUUCGAUGUGAUGGCGUGCAAAUGCCCGACAACCGAUGCUCCAACUGUAUCGCGUACAAUUUCGAUUGCACCUAUGUAGAGGCAGCCAAGAAACGAGGUCCUCCCAAAGGUUAUGUCGAGAGCCUGGAGAACCGGCUGGAGAAGAUGGACAAGCUGCUGCAUAGACUCAUGCCUGAGGCGGAUUUCACAAAAGAACUUGGAGGUGGGUUUGACCGCGAAACCUGGUCCAUCGAAAAGUUACCGACUUCGCUCGACUCUGGUAACAUUCCAGAGCUUAUGCGGCCCAAAGGAGGUGCCUGCCAUCCUCGUGAUAUUGCCACUUCUGCUAUCCGAGCGUACAACGAAAUCGAGGACAAGUUGCUCGAGGACGAUUUUGACCAUCUUACGCUGGCGGACAAUUUGCAGCAAAAACUUGAAGCGGAUUCUGGAGGUUACCGAUUUUUUGGCAAGUCUAGCGGUGCUCAGUUGAUCAAGACGGCGAUGGAUUUAAAACAUGGCUAUACUGGUCAUAUACAGAGGGACCCUCUUGGCUCAAGGAGAUCAGAAUUCUGGACAACUCGUCCUUGGGAAAGCGCCGGCAAUAUUCUCGACGGGAGGUUUCCAUCGUAUUCGUUCCCAGAAGAUGACUUGCUUUCGUCUUUGGUGGAAUUAUAUUUCGCAAAUGUCAACAUAUUCCUGCCUCUGCUUCAUCGGCCUACCUUCGAACGCUCAAUCAGGGAGAAUCUGCACAGGAAGGAUGAGAUGUUUGGUGCCGUCUUACUACUUGUAUGCGCAGUGGCUUCGCGAUAUUCGAACGACAUGCGCGUCCUGCUCGAUGGAGAAGAAUCAAGGCAUUCCAGUGGAUGGAAAUGGUUUGACCAAGUGCAGCUUGUGCGCAAGUCGCUCCUAUCUCCGCCCUCCCUGUAUGAUCUUCAGUUCUACUGUCUCUUUACGGAGUUCCUGCAAGGCUCAUCAGCACCUCAGGCGUCCUGGACAAUGGUAGGUAUCGGUAUCCGGCUAGCGCAAGACGUUGGAGCACACCGACGAAGACGGAACUUUAGUCCUAACUCCGUGGAGGACGAAUUGUGGAAACGAGCCUUCUGGGGUCUCGUAUGUAUGGACCGAAUUAGCAGCUCAGCUCUCGGCCGUCCAUGUGCAAUACAAGAUGAAGAUAUCGACAUUGAUUUUCCUGCCGAGUGCGAUGAUGAGUACUGGGAACACCCAGAUCCCGAGCAAGCCUUCAAACAGCCUCCCGGAAAACCAUCAUCUGUCGCGUUCUUUAAUUCGUUCUUGAAACUCAACCAGCUACUCUCGUUUUGCCUCCGCACUAUCUAUUCGAUCAAUAAAUCUAAAAUUCUACUCGGCUUUGUUGGCCAACAGUGGGAGCAACACAUUGUUGCAGAGCUAGAUUCUGCACUCAACAAAUGGGUUGACUCGAUACCAGACCAUUUGCGAUGGGAUCCCAAUCGUGACAAUCCUGUGUUCUUUAACCAAUCCGCUUACCUGUAUAUCGCCUACUAUCACUUGCAAAUACUCAUACAUAGACCCUUUAUUCCUACCCCUCGCAAUCCGUCACCUCUGUUAUUCCCUUCUCUUGCUAUUUGCACAAAUGCUGCACGUUCGUGCUCACACGUUGUUGACAUUCAAAGUCGUAAAGGUGGCAAGAUCCCUGGCGUCGGCAUUCCAGUCUUCACGGCCGGCAUUGUUCUCCUCUUCAACAUAUGGGGCGGGAAACGAUCCGGCCUUUCUAUUGACCCUAACCGGGAGAUGGGUGACGUACACAAGUGCAUGAAAGUCCUUCGGAGUAUGGAAUCGUCAUGGCAUUUCGCAGGCCGCUUAUGGGAUAUCCUAUACGAGCUGGCUUCUGUCGGGGAUUUACCCUUACCCAAAGCAAGCCCCACUCCAACGAACAAACGGGAACGUGACUCUGAUAGCCCCCGUUCUCAGUCUGUGACCCCAGCCGAUGGAAGCCCCUCAAGCGGCAUUACAGAUGUCCCAGCGACUCGUGCUAUUGUCGGAAGUCGACGGAUUUCGAAUAAGGAGUCUACGCCUCGAAAAUCCUCGAAAUCCCAUUCUUCAGAGUCCUCCACCGCACUAUCUUCGCCGCUACUGGGUCCAGCAGCGUCUUCUUCGUCGCAACAACUCUUUGCCCUGCCAAUAUACAGUGACGAGCUUGGACGAAUUCCUCUCCAUGGCCAAGUCAGUUUUUCGAACCAAGUGCAGGCACCCGAUUCCCAUGGGUGGUAUGCAGGAUCAUCGCAUGGACAAGUAUCAUCAGAUGGUAGUGGUGUGCAGAGCGAUUUCUCGUUCAUGAGCCAGCCUUUUUACGAGCAGGUGCCGCCUCCCGGAUACACAUCCACACAUUACGAGUACGGAAGGAACAGUGACAUGAAUGAAAUGAUGCCUAUUGCAGAUAGCUCGCAUAUACGGCAGCCACCGCCGCAGAUUAUGGAUAGUCGACCGCACGAGUUGUUGGAUAAUGAUACCAUUACGAUGUGGUCCAACGCGCCUAGCGGGUUUGAAUUGGAUGAUUGGGGUACUUAUCUGACUAAUGUUAGUGAGAUGCACAAUCCGCACGGGAACACAAAUGUACCAGGUCCAAGAUAGUGGUUGGACGAAGGGCGUAUUUUCUCGGUUGGAAUGGAAGUAAAUAUAAAAAUGAACAUAACUGUAGCGACUACUAUUCUUAGAUUCUGUAUAGUGAUAUGUGAUUAAUAUUUACUCUCUGUUGUUCUCCUGAUCGUGGGAUGCGUCGUGGUACUUGAAACGGGUCUCCCCCCUGUGAGCGUUUCAGGUAAGCAGUCACCGGGAAGCUUCG